AUGCCUGGUGUCCCUUGGGCGCAGGGGAGGACUACCUUCACCCGCCUCUGGCGUGCUGUUGUGCGGAGAGGCCUGGAGGUGCUGAUGGGCAGCCCAGUCGCUCAGCGCGAUGCCCUGCCCGGGAAGAAGGCCUCCUCUGUGCUCCCGUCAGUGCUUUUCUCCUUUAAAAUGUCAGACAGGGUGAAAUGGGAGAUCUCAGGCAUCUUUGCUUACCUGAACUACCAUGUUCCCCGGACAAGACGGGAGAUCCUGGAGACCCUUAUCAAGGGGCUCCAGCGGCUGGAGUACAGAGGCUAUGAUUCUGCAGGUGUGGGAAUCGAUGGCGGAAACGACAAAGACUGGGAAGCUAAUGCUUGCAAAAUCCAGCUUAUCAAACAGAAGGGGAAAGUGAAGGCUCUGGAUGAAGAGGUUCACAAGCAACAGGACAUGGACCUCGACAUCGAGUUUGAUGUACACCUUGGAAUCGCCCAUACCCGCUGGGCUACCCACGGCGAGCCCAGCCCUAUCAACAGCCACCCGCAGCGCUCCGAUAAAAACAACGAGUUCAUCGUCAUCCACAACGGCAUCAUCACCAACUACAAGGACCUGCGGAAAUUCCUG